GAACUGCUGUAUAUUGAAGUGUUAUACACUAUAAAACAUAAGAUAGGUACAACUAGUGGUACCCAUACACCAUAUAUACAAGAUUUAUACCAAUAUGCUCAGUAUGCUUUUGGUGUAUCACCUGAAGAUCAUGCCAGACUUCUUGCUAAAGCUACAGAAGAAAAGCCACCUAUUGUUAUACUUAACCUGACCGUUGUAGAAGCUCGUGGUUUAGAGGCCAAAGAUGCUGAUGGAUUCAGUGAUCCAUAUUGUAUGAUGGGUAUUAUGCCUGCCAGAAAUACAGAAGAUCCCACAGCCUUCUUCUCCUCAGAUGAUGAAUUUAGUAAACCAAAGGAGAAAGAUAGAAUGGGAUUAAAGAAAUUCUCUUCUAGUUUAAAGAAGAAGAAGGAUAAAGCUCAAGCCGUUCGAGAUUUAGUGCCAGCCAAGUUAAUCCGAACUACAUCAGUAAAACCUAACACUUUAAAUCCUUUAUGGAAUGAAAAAUUCAGAUUUGAUUUAGAUGAUGUUCAUACAGAUAGACUUCAUCUUGAUAUAUGGGACCAUGAUGAUGAGUUUUCAGUAGUAGAUGCUGCUAAAAGAUUGAAUGAAGUAUCUGGAAUUAAAGGAUUAGGGAGAUUUUUUAAACAAGUGGCUCAAUCUGCUAGAACUAAAGAUGAUACUAAUGUUGAUGAUUUUCUAGGUUGUGUCAAUAUACAGUUUGAUGAUAUUCCAUCUAUUGGGCACGAUAAAUGGUAUAAACUUGAAGGUCGUUCUGCAAGGUCAAAUAUUCAAGGUGAAAUACAUUUAAAGUGUAACCUAGCAACAAGAGAGGAUCGUGGGAUACCAGAAGAUGAUAACUGGACUGAUAUUUUACAACAUGAAGAUUUGAUGAGAAUUAUGAUUGAACAUGAAAUACGAAAUUCCAAGACUGCGUCCUAUUUAUGGAAUGGUGAAUUACCUCAAGCAGCUAAAACUAUUCUACACCAACACGCUAUCCAGGGUGAUAUAACUGAUGUUCAAAGAGCCAUGUGUCGUUGGAUGGCUUACAGUAGAAAACAUACAGAAUAUUCCCUAGAUUAUGAGUUAUUAUUAAAAUUAUUGUUUGAAUUGGAUAAAAUUUGGAAACCUGGCACAUUAUCUAGAGAAGAAGAGGAAUGUUUAGCAGAAUCUUUUAAUAUUUUCAUCGAAUAUAGUUUAAAUUUAUUAAGACGCCAUCGUGAGAUUUUUCCACCCUCAAAUAAAGCAGCUUUUGUACGUUUAGAAGGCAUGUUAAGAUGUUUAGUAAAGAUUUAUGAUAUGAAAGUUUUUAAGAAAUGUUGUCCAUUUAUAAAAGAUUUGCAUCCAGAAAUUACACAUGUUAUAAAGAAAGGAACCUUAGAAUGGUAUGAAAGACAAGCUACUACAUGUAGGUCACAAGCUAAGAGCUUACUAGAUUUAACCAAUACAUUGAAUUCUGACAUACACAUGGCUUUACAUUAUUACAAUAAAGUAUUCCAAGAGCAUGUCAGUGUUGAUUAUUUUCAUAUUGUUUAUCGUCAUCUUGAUAAACUAUUAGGUGAUGAGCUUCACCAAGAUUUAAAGACAAUAUUGAAAAAGUCUGGAUGUGAUAAAGAAAUUCUACCUAAUGAACUUGAUGAUGCUAAUGCUUCUGGUACAUCUUUAUUUGAACUAUAUUUAGCUAUACAAGAAUUUACUAAGUACAGUUCACAUCUACCACAUAAAGAUCGUCAUGGGUUGAAUAUCAGUCAGUAUUUUGAAUGGUUUAGAUGUGCUGUCAGUAGAUGGUUGUGUAUUGCCAGACAGAAAUCAUUUAAACGAAUCAGAAAAGCUGUAGAAUUAGAUAAAGUAACCCAGAUGGACAUGUCAGUUAAAUAUAGUACGUCUGCUGUAGAUGUUUGUUGUUGUUUUGUACAGAUCACAGAUUUUUGGAAACAGUUGUCGUGGCCAGAUUAUGUUGGUGCAUUUCCAUUUGUACUUAAAUUAACAGAGGAUAUCUGUGAAGGAGCUGAACUGUAUGCUGAUUUAGUACAUGAGAAGUUAAUAAAAGCUGGUUAUUAUGAUGAAGAGGGUCAGUUUGAUGUCACAGAACAGCUGUGUAUUACAAUCAACAAUAUCGAACAAGUACGAAGAGCUUUAAAACCCUUACCAGAAACGUUAAAUUUUCACGAAAUAAAGAAAGCUGUGGAAGUAUCUAAUGGAGAACACAAGACACAAGGUCAAACAUUAAAUAAUCUGAUAAAGAAAGCUGAUGAUAUGAUGGUGAGAAAAAUAAAACAAGUUGUAGAGAGAGUAGCAGAUAAGAUGAGACCUGAUAUUAAAAAAGAUGUCUUCCAUUUAAACUGGGCGCCUGAAUCAGUUCCUGCAGAUGAUGCUAUAGGUGAUUUAUUAGAAUAUCUAGAUACCAAUCUUCUAACAUUAAAUAAUAAUCUAUUAAAAACUAACUUUGAUAGAAUAUUAGAGUCUAUCUGGGUAGAGGUGAUGGAAGAAUUUCAAGAAGUUAUGGAGAAAGAAGAAAGACCACCAGUAUUCUAUCAGAGAAUGUUUGAUGCAUUAGGUGUACUGGUAGAUUUUUUCCAUGCUAAUGGUAAAGGUUUAUCAAUGGAUGAUAUUAUAACAGAUCAAUUUCAGAGCCUGAGAGAAAGAUUAUCAUUACAUAAGAUGGACACCCCAACUUUAAUAGAAACUUUUUUUAAUAGUAAAUGUCAAGAUCAGGUGAGAAAUUAUUAUUUAGACAAUAGUGAAUAUGGUAUAUUAAAUGUUAGAGUAUGUUAUAGAAUGGAUGCUCAUACCUUACUUGUAGAAGUUCUAAGUGCAAAGGAUGUUAUUCCACUUGAUGCCAAUGGUUUAAGUGACCCAUUUGUAUUAGUCCAGUUAUUACCAGAACAUGUGUUUCCAAAUGUAUCAGUUCAAAGUACUAAAGUUAUCAAAAAAACAUUAAACCCAUUGUUUGAAGAAACUUUUGAAUUUACCAUAAACCCUAUCCAGUGCCAGCGCCAUGGUGCCACCUUAUUAUUUACUGUUAUGGACCAUGAUCUAGUAUUUCAAAAUGAUUUUGCUGGUGAGGCGUAUUUAUCUAUGGCAGAGAUUCCUGGAGUAGAUGGAGUAGAGGUAUCAGGAUAUGAAGCUUUAAGUAUUGUAGCUCUACCUUUAAUGCAUCCAAAACAUAAAGAUCAUGCCGCUUUAGAAAUAUUGGGAAGAAGAAGCUGGGAUAAAGAUGCUCAAGAUUUUGUUAAGAAACGG